ACAAAAACAAAUGAUGGAUAAAUUAAUUACAAUUGAACAAAAACUUUUGAUGAAUAAUAUUCGUCAACCUUCUUCAAGACAAGCAUUAUUUCUUAAAAAUUUGUAUUGCAAUACACUUGAAGAAUUUGAUAUACUUGAUGCUCGUCUAGAAGUACAAGAUUUCAAUAAGCAAAUGCAAGAAAAUAUUGUUAAAUUCGUGAAUCCAAGUAUGACAAUUCAGCGGAACAUUUCUGAUGUGUUAAAACAAAUACUCAGUAAAGAUGUAUUGAGCAAAUUCACCGCACAAAAAGCCACCAAAGAUAAAUCAAGAAUCUUCUUGGAGACAAAAAUGUGGCAGUGCAUCGAGAAUGUAUUGAAUCAAGAGUGGGAAGCAGACAGAUUACCGAUUCCGAAAUCGAGAGAACUUUCUCAAGAUCUUGGUGCAGCUAUGAACAGCUCCAGAGAUUGGGGAAAGAAACGCAGGAAAAUAAAUACAAUUCAUGUCGAUGGAAAUGGGACUGCAGUUCAGCAACUUGAAAAUAUUGACAAUAUUUAA